AGGGUUGAGGCUAGCUUCGAGGAAGAUGGUGACGGAUGGGGUGAUCAGAAGGAGUCCUGGGCGUGGCGGCUGGAAGAGGGAAGAAUAGGAAGAGUCCCCCAGGGCGGCUAAUUGGAAAGGAGAGAAGAUUGUUGCUUGGGCCGCGGGAGGAGAGGAUCUUGGCAGGACUGAGGAGAAAGCAUUGGGAAUAGGUGAAUUGAGGAGCUGGGUGGGGGUGUGGACAGCUGUCAGAGAGCUGCCCAGCGGUUAAGGGGCGGGACGAAACUGAAUAGAUUCUUGGAGCCGUGGGAGGGGACCGGAGAGGACCCAUCCCUUUAGAAGAGCCGGAAGGAACCUAGGACUGAAGUCUGGGCUUGCCAAGGCUAAGACUUCGGCCCCGUAGAAAAUGACAAGCCCUGGGGGCCCUCUGAAUCAAGCCUGGGAAGCAAAGAAGACUGAAGACUGAGGAGUAAUGAUCCCUGGAGGAAAAAACAGAAUUGAGCAACCUCCUAAUCACACACAAGGGAAAUAUGAACCAUCAUCACUACCAAAGAUAUUCAUCCACUCCAGGAUCUGAAGUUUACUUAAUACAAGAGACAUUUGCAUUUUGAAAUAGGGUAGCUCUAUUGACUGUCUUAGCGUUAGAAUAAGAAGGAUUGCAAUGGGCCGCCUCCUUGCGUUUCUCUUGGGACUGGUAUUUGAAGCCUCUUCUGUGUUCGGAAUUCCUUCCUGCUCAGCCGACGGACAAAUUGCCUUAUAUCGUUCCUGCAACCUCACCCAAGUUCCCCAAGUGCCAAACACCACCAUUAACCUGUUGUUAAGUUUUAACCACAUCAGGGUAGUGAAUGCCGCUUCAUUCCCUCUAUUGGAGAAGCUUCAGUUGCUAGAGCUAGGAACUCAGUACACUCCUCUGAUAAUCGAGAGAGAAGCUUUCAGAAACUUGCCCAAACUUACAGUAUUGGAUAUUGGCCAUAGUAACAUUCAGUUUUUGCAUACUGAUGCUUUUCAAGGCUUGCCCAACUUGAUUGAAUUAAGGCUAUUUUACUGUGGUUUCUCAGAUUCCAUUCUAAAAGAUGGUUAUUUUAGAAAUUUAAGUUCUUUGGCUAUAUUGGAUCUAUCUAAAAAUCAUAUCCAAAGUCUCCACCUUCAUCCUUCUUUUAGAGAUCUGGAAUCUUUGGAAUCCAUAGACUUGUCUCUGAAUGAAAUAUCGCUUGUAUGUGAAAGAGAUCUUGAGCCCCUCCAAGGGAAAAGAUUCUCUUUGCUUAAUCUUGCUUCCAAUAGCCUCUACAGAAGCAUCUCAGUCAACUGGGAAGAGUGCAUGAAUCCUUUCAAAAGUAUGUUCCUUGAGAUCCUGGAUGUCUCAGACAAUGGCUGGACAGUAGACAUCAUGCGAGACUUUGGUCGUGCUAUCAAUGCAACCAAGAUUUCUUCUUUGCUUCUUGACUACCAUGUCAUGGGUGCAGGAUUUGGUUUUCAUAACCUAAAGGAACCUGACCAAGACACAUUUGCUGCACUGGGCAUGAGUUCAGUGAUAAACAUGGAUAUUUCACACGGCCACAUCUUCUCCCUAAACUUUCAUCUGUUUGAGACCCUCAAAGAGUUGAAAGUUUUAAGCAUUUCACAUAACAAGGUAAACAAGAUUGCUAAAGAAGCAUUUUAUGGCCUUGACAGUCUCCAGGUUCUCAAUCUGUCCUAUAACUUGCUGGGAGAACUCUACCAAUCUGAUUUUUAUGGACUGCAUAAAGUUGCUUAUAUUGAUCUACAAAGAAAUCAUAUUGGGAUGAUUCAGGAGAAGACAUUCAAACAUUUGAAAAAUUUAGAAACUUUGGAUCUUCGUGAUAAUGCUAUUAAAACAGUUAAUUUUCUUCCCAAUUUAAAUACGAGCUUCCUAAGUGGCAAUAAAUUGGUAGAUUUUCAAAAUGUCCACAUAAUUGCUGAAUUCCUUGAUUUAGCACAAAACAGGUUGGAAAAUCUGAAUGAUCUUUAUACUCUUCUCCAGAUUCCAGGUCUGAAGUUUCUCAUUUUAAAUCAAAAUCGAUUUUCCUUUUGUCACCAACAGUAUGGUCCUUCAAAGAACCAUACCAUAGAGCAGCUUUAUCUUUCAGAAAAUAUGCUGCAACUGGUCUGGCAAGCAGGAUCAUGUUGGGAUGUGUUUAAAAGACUUCCUUAUCUUAAAGUCCUCUUCCUGAAUAAUAAUUACCUUGAUUUCCUUCCACCUGGUGUUUUCAGUGAUCUGACUGUGUUACAAAUCCUUAGCCUGGAUGGCAACAGGCUGACCUCUCUAUCUCCUGGUGUUCUACCUGAAAAUUUAAGAGUCUUGCUUUUAUCCCACAACCACCUGCUAUCCCCUGACCCUACCAUAUUUGCAUCACUGAGCCACCUAGCUAUAACCCACAACAAAUAUAUCUGUGAGUGUGAAACCAGAAAUUUUAUCCUUUGGCUGAACCAAACCAAUGUCACCAUGUUGGGGUCCCCUGAGGAUGUCUACUGCACAUACCCUGACUCAUUCUCUGGGGUCUCACUCUAUUCAAUUUCCACAGAGGGCUGUGAUGAAGAGGAAGCCCUAAAAUUAAUUAAUUUUUCACUUUUCAUCUUCUUCACCACUACCUUGACUCUAUUCCUCACAGCAGUUAUGAUGUUCACAAAAUUCCGUGGGCACUGUUUUUCCCUCUGGCAUAAGAUGGUCCUGAGACUGUCAUUCAAAAACCAUCCCCAGGGAGUAGAAGAGGACCAGCACAAAUAUGAUGCAUAUUUGUGCUUCAGUAAUAAAGACUUUGGAUGGGUCCAGAAUGCACUCCUCAAUCACUUGGACUCCCGGUACAAUGCUGAAAAUAGAUUUAACCUGUGUUUUGAGGAAAGGGACUUCCUCCCAGGAGAGGACCACAUCAGCAACAUCCAGGACGCCAUUUGGAGUAGCAGGAAGACUAUUUGCAUUGUGACGAGGCAUUUCCUCAAAGAUGGUUGGUGCAUUGAAGCUUUCAAUUUCGCCCAGAGCAGAUACUUCUCUGAUCUUAAAGACGUCCUUAUCAUGGUGGUAGCUGGAUCCCUCUCCCAGUAUCAGUUGAUGAAAUACCCACCUAUUCGAGUCUUUGUGCAGAGGCAACCAUACCUGAGGUGGCCUGAGGACCUUCAGGAUGUUGGCUGGUUCUUAAAUAAACUCUCCCAAUGCAUACUCACCAAAAAAGAAGAAAAGAAGAAAUCUAACAACAUCCCCUUGCAAACUGUAGCAACCAUAUCCUAGCCAAAGAAGACAUUUCAACCUCAACUCCUGCCAGAAGUUAUUCUUCUCAUUAUAUUUGCAUUACAUAUGUCUGGCUGUUUCUUUGGAAGCAGCCAGUUGACAGAAUAGAUAGUAUGCUAGAUUGGGAGUUAGAUUGAGUUCCUGUCUCUGACCUUGGAUGGCUGUGAGACCUUGGGCAAGUUGCUUUACCUCUUCCAGAUCCAGCUUCCUCAUCUGUCAAAUGAGGAUGAUCAUAUA